CACGCUCACGCUCAUUGCUGUUUGCCCACGUAACUUGGCGCAGGAGACGAGUCGACCUCGAUGAAAAGAGGGCCGCACGUGGGGCAUGUGUUGUCUCGAGUGGCCCGGGCGCAGGAUGGCCGCCAGCUCCUGGCCAUCAUUAUCCAGGUCGUAGGUAAGCUGCGCAUCUCCGUUGGUGCAGUCAUCAGUAGGAGGGUGGACCAGGUCCUUGACUACACGUUCCCGGGCUAGUUUCCAGAGUGUUUGCUUGCCCCGCCGGUGAGACAGCCUGAGUGGUGAGGCUUGCUGCCUAUCGUCCGCUUCCAUCAGGUCGUGCUGACUAUCGUCCACUUCCAUUUGGUCGUGCUCAGGUGCUGCGGCGUCGACAUCCAUUGGGUCCUCAGCGGCGGCCGCGGCUGGCUGCCCUUGGUGGAGAAGGUAGGUUUGCACGGCGCCAGUAGGCGGCGUGGUCGCAUUCGCAGUGAGCAGAGUGGUUAUUGUGGGGGCCAGGGGCCGUUGCGUGCGGGUAACCGGGGUUCGGUUGUUGAAUGAAGGGGGGUCCCUUGGGUGGGGCUUGCAGAGGUGGUUGUGCCUGCUCAUGUCUUUUGCCAGGGCCGUGAACACUGAACGUGCCGUUUCGUACCCACGUGUGCCAACGGCCAGGCUUUCGUCUCCAUUUGUGAGGCGCAUAGCCGUGCUGAUUGCGGCUUUAUCACCGGUGAGCAGGUCGUCGGGUGUUGUGCGCGUGUUUUCUGCAAUGCGGGCCUUUUGGGCGGCGUGUUUCGUGACGCGGCGGGAGUGGGCAGUUGGGUGUGUGGGAGUGCGCAUGACGGGCGUCUUCCGUGGCCGUGUCCGCAGGUUGGCUUCGGGUUGGGCGACGGGAGCUGCGGUAUCCGCGGCUGGGGCAGGAGUUGGGGCCAUCUGCCCCAAGGCAGUUGGCGUGUAUUGCAAGGGCGGGUUGUGAUAGAGUGGGCUGGCUUCUUCGAUGUCCAUUUGGGUUGUUGUGUUUGGGGCUGGGGUGAGGGGCUGUGGGGCGGGGCCUCCCGUCAUGAGUGCGGUGAGGGGUGGUGCCAUGCCUGGGGGUCGAGGGUCGUUCCGUGCGGAGAGGGCCUGGAGUUCUUCCAGGGGUGGGAUCACACGCUGGGUAGGCGGAAGCGGGUUCGGGCUCCCGUGUUUUUCCGGUGGCAUUUGGUCUCCGUCCAAUCCCGCCGUGGCAACCAGGGCCAGACUCAGCCUGUUGAGUGCAACCUUGUGUUUGUGGCGGACCCUGCUUGCCCCCAGGAGUUUCUCGAGCUCCCGGGUGCUAAUCAGAUGGCGGCUCGUAUUGCGGUCGACCAAGUGGCUGAAUUCGAGCUGGAGUUCCGCUAGCGGGAGCACGUGUUCGACAGGGAGGGGUGCUGCCGCACGCGCUGCAGCUGCGGCGUCCAAAGCCUCGACAAUUGACCAGGUAGGGGUGGCAUACGGUGUGCCCUUGUAAAAGAGCUGUAUACCAUGCUCACGAGCGAGGGUCAUCUGUUGCAGAGUUGUGAAGAAGCGCCCUCUGUCUGCAGGUAGGUGGUGUGCGAGGCUCGUACCCGCCAUGCUAUGCUGCCGUGGCAGGAGGGCACGGGUAACCACGCCCAGUCGGCCUGUGUCGUUUAGAGCAAGGACAAGCGCGCGGUUGGCCACACGCGCGUACUGGGGUAAGAGUGAGCCCAGUCCUAGGCCAUAUUCAUCGAUUGGGAGAAGGGUGGUACGGGUAGGGAAGCUGCGUGGCAGCCCGUAGCACCGUUUUGCGUAACCGGCCAGUGCAGCGUCAAAGUUUGCGAUGUCCUGUUUCGUGUAUGGCAUCGCAGCAAAUGCAUAGGCGAUUGAGGUGUGGACGCAUUGCUGCAGCAUGCGUAGGCGUUGUGCCGGCGUGGCCAGUGACGUGGCUAUGGCCGUGCCCUUUUCUUUCACAGUUUCCGUGACGCGGGAGACUUGCGCCUUCCAGUCUAGUGAGAAGGUGAGUUGCACCCCCAGGUAUUUGUAGGGUUUUGUGGGCGGGUAGUACGGUACAGUGGUGUUACCAAUUCGUAGCUUGUUAGUCAGUUCGCGGUGCAUCGCGUUCAGCGUGGCUUGGCCGGUGGGUCCGUCGAGGGUUGGGGUGGACCGGGACUUGUUGUGCCAGAUGGCGGUAGCUGCGCACUUGGUGUGAUUGACUCGCAGGCUUGCCCAGUCUGCAUAGUCCGAGAUUUUGUCACAUUGGAUCUGCAGGUCUUCCAGCGUUGUGGUCAGGGCCGCCAAGUCGUCAGCGUACGCGGCGGCGCUGCAGUGGUACCGUGCAUUGUCCUCUGGGCUGAGGCAUCCGUAGCGGUAGCCCCGCCCACCUGCGUGGAGCCACCGCACAAGCGGUUCCAUGAACAAGAUAAACAGUACCGGUGACAGGGUGUCACCUUGCACUGUGCCACGUUCUAUUGGGAUGGCGGAUGUGCAUCCAUGUUCAGUACGAAUGCGGGUGGUGGCGUGCGCGUAUAGGUUGCGAACUGCGCGUAUCAGGUCGUCAGGCAGGCCCAGAUCGAACAUAAUCUGGAGUAGCCUGUCCUGAUCGAUUGUGUUAAACGCAGAGCUGUAGUCAACAUACACUGCGUAUACGUCUUUCCCAUACAGGGCAGCGUCCUCCAGUACAUGCACAAGGUUCAGUAUCUGCCGUUCCGUGUUGCAGUAGGCCCGGAAGCCCUCCUGUGAUUCGCUGAACAGCUGGAGUGGGCCUGCCAGUUCACCGAUGCCCAGGGUGAGCAUAGAAGUGUACAGUUUAUAGCAAGUGUUGGCUAGAGCGAUGGGCCUCUUGUUCUUGAUGUCAAGAGCGUCCCCAGGUUUUGGGAGCAGGACCGUGUCUGAAGUGGCCCAGGACUCCGGGAUUGUGGACUUGACGUACAUGAUCUUCAGUGUGUUGUGUAGGGCUCGCUUCAUGCCGUGAGGCAAGAUGCGGAGCAGCUCGUUCGGAAUGCCGUCUGGGCCCGUGGCUUUGUUACGAGAGAGGUGGGCGAUACAGUGGUCGAAGUUGGCGGGGUCUGCCAUGCUAGAAAGCAUGGAGUGUGCUUCCGGGUGCCUGUUACGCUCAAGCGUAAAGGCAUCCGUAGUGUUAGGUAGUUCGAACGGGUACCCACGCGUUGCGCCGGGCGACAGGCGAUAUUCACCUGUGCGGGGCCCUCGUGGGGGUGCUGACAGUUUGCGGAAGUGCCCUUCCAGGGCGGUUAGAAUGCUGGGAGGGUCGGUUACCACCUCGC